CUGAAGGCGCAGCCAGGUACACGCGCCUGCGAGCUGCCAUGGUUACAUCAGAAGCACCUGCAACAAUGCGACGCCCGACACGAAUUUUACAAUGCUCUCUGUGCGCGUUGCUGAUUUCGGCCCUCGUUCUGUCAGCCGCCGGCCAAGAAGCCGUUCCUGAAGUUUCAACCUCUGCUGCUCCGGCACCAACACAAAAACCUGUUGGUCCAAAGAGACCGCCAACCACUGCCAGAACUACUACGACCAAAGAACCGGCAGAUGUAGACGCUGUUGCUUUUCCUGAUUCGGCCCCAAAACCUUCUGUCGCUCCCUCGACUGCAGCACCCGCACCUGCUCCUGCAGCAAAACCAACGCCUGCCCCAGCAGCAAAACCAACCCCAAAACCAGCAGCUGGCGCACCUUUAAACAAUAGGGUGCAAGGUCAGCAAGGUAAUAAUGCCCCGGUCGCUGCCGGAACUCCCGUCCCUGCAGCUGCCCCCAUCGGAGGUGCAAAUGGCACAAAUGGCACCGGACCUUUGGGCAACCGAAUCGGUGGUUUGGGCCUCCUGAACCAGCUAGCCCAUGGAAUCGGAAAUGGAAUUGUGGCCCCCAUUAUUGGAGGCGUUGGUGGAGGCGGCGGCUCGAGCUUCAGUUUGGCCUUUUCCACCUCCUCAGGUGGGGGCCUCGGAGGCGGCGGUGCCUCCAGUAGCGCGUCAGCUGGAUCGAAUUCAUUUGGAGGCGGUGGUUUUGGAGGCAGUGGAUCGAACGCUCAGGCCUCCUCAGGAUCAUUUGGAGGUGGACUUGGAGGAUUCGGAGGCGGCGCAUCCAACGCACAAGCGUCGGCCGGCUCUAAUUCUUUCGGAGGUGGACUUGGCGGCUUUGGAGGCGGUGCAUCAAACGCCCAGGCAUCAUCCGGAUCAAAUUCCUUUGGAGGCGGACUAGGAGGAUUUGGAGGUGGCGCGUCUAAUGCCCAAGCUAACGCAGGGUCAAAUUCCUUCGGAGGCGGCCCUGGAGGCUUUGGGGGUGGCGCAUCCAACGCUCAGGCUAACGCAGGGUCCAAUUCCUUUGGAGGAGGCCCAGGAGGUUUCGGAGGUGGCGCCUCAAAUGCGCAAGCAAACGCCGGAAGCUCUUCAUUUGGAGGCGGUUUCGGAGGCCCUGGUGGAGGAUACGGCGGCCCUGGACAGUACGGAGGUGGAUACGGUCGCCCUCAUCACGGCGGCGGAGGUGGAUAUGGUCGCCCUCAUCAUGGCGGAGGCGGCUAUUAUCCUAAUGGACCCUCACCUUACCAUGGAGGCGGCUAUGGGGGUGGCUACGGAGGUGGAUAUAAUAGGCACCAAAAUGCAGGCUACCACAAUCGACCUCACAAGAGACCACCCGCAGGGUUUACCGAUUACGGAGAUUACGAUGGUGGACUAAUUGGAAACAGGAAUCAAAAGUUUGGAACCGAGUUGUCCUCUGCAAGCGGUGGCACCACCGAAGCCGACUCCAUUGCUUUUCCAAAGUAAAAAAAAAAAAUUAGUC